GAUGGCAUAGUCCUCGGAGCAGAUACGAGAGCAACUGAAGGAAUGGUUGUUGCUGACAAGAACUGUUCAAAAAUACACUUCAUUUCCCCUAAUAUCUACUGUUGUGGUGCAGGAACAGCUGCAGAUACUGAUAUGACAACUCAACUGAUUUCUUCCAAUCUGGAGCUCCAUUCACUAUCUACUGGGCGACUUCCAAGAGUUGUCACAGCUAAUCGAAUGCUAAAGCAAAUGCUUUUCAGGUAUCAAGGCUACAUUGGUGCUGCCCUGGUUUUAGGGGGAGUAGAUGUCACGGGACCUCACCUUUACAGCAUAUAUCCCCAUGGAUCAACUGACAAAUUGCCUUACGUCACCAUGGGUUCUGGAUCAUUUGCAGCUAUGGCAGUAUUUGAAGAUAAAUACAAACCAGACAUGGAGGAAGAGGAAGCCAAACAGCUUGUGAGAGAUGCCAUUGCAGCUGGCAUAUACAAUGAUCUGGGCUCUGGCAAUAACAUAGAUAUCUGUGUUAUAAGCAAGAACAAGUUGGAUUUUCUCCGUCCAUAUGAUGUGGCCAACAGAAAGGGGGACAGGUAUGGUAGAUACAAGUGUGAAAAAGGAACUACUGCUGUUCUCACAGAAAAUGUGGCACUCCUGGAAAUUGAGGUGGUAGAUGAGACUGUACAAACCAUGGACACUUCCUGAGCUGUCUGUCACUGGAGCUGAGCACUGGUUUGUUUAGAAGCCUUCCCCU